GAAAUCUAUUAUAUUACUUGAGUCCACCAUUUCAGAAGCCAUAUUCACAUAACUCACUGAGAAACCUUCACAUUACAUUUCAUUUCAUUAUACCAAAAAUCAAACGCAGCGCCCAACCAAAUAAACACCAACAACCAAACUUAUCAAAUCAACCAAAGAGGUUUAGGUUUUUUCUACUGGAAUUUGGGUGUUUUUUCAAAUUUGGUACUUUACCACCCUUCAUGUAAUUAUUGUCAUGUCUGAUUUUAACAAAGGUUCCAAGAGAAACCUUCCAUCAUGGAUGAGUUCAAGAGAUAAUGAGGAUCAAAAUUGUGGAAAGAAACCAACUUUGAAUGGUGAAAGUGUGAAAUCAAGUGAAAUUGAGAGUUCCAAGAAAAAGACCAAAGUCCAAAUUGAAAAUGCUGGAAAAUCUUCUGUUUCUAAUUUGGAAUCUAAAGGAUUCAACAAGCUUCUGGAAGGUGUGGUUUUUGUGCUGUCAGGCUUUGUGAAUCCCGAGCGUGGAAUCUUGAGGUCACGGGCUAUGGAAAUGGGAGCAGAGUUUAAGCCUGAUUGGAACUCUAAUUGCACUCUUUUGGUUUGUGCAUUUCCUAAUACCCCCAAGUUUCGACAAGUUGAAGCUGAUUGCGGAACCAUUGUGUCCAAGGAUUGGAUACAAGAGUGUUACAACCAGAGGAAACUCGUCGAAAUUGAUAGUUACCUUAUGCAUGCUGGGAAACCAUGGCGCAAAGGAAGUAGGUCACAUGAAGUCGAUGAAGAACAAAAACCAUCUGUACCACACAAACCCCCAAAGCAUGUUGAACGAGAGCCUUCUAAGCCAACUACUUCCAUAAAAUCAAAGGGCAAAGACAUGGACAAUGCUAGGAAGUGCUUUGAGCCUUCUGAAGUGAAGAAGUGGGCUCUUGACGAUUUGAACAAAACAAUUCAGUGGUUGGAAAGUCAAGAAGAAAAGCCAGAUCCAAGUGAGAUAACAAAAAUAGCUGCAGAAGGGAUUCUGACUUGUUUGCAAGAUGCAAUAUGUUCUAUCGAGGAAAAACAGGACAUUGGGAAAGGAACUGAAGACUGGAAAUUCUUACCUCGAGUUGUAGAGGAGCUUGCAAAAUUGGAUGUUGCAGAAAACAAUAAGGCUUCAAUGUCAAAGGAAGAUAUUCACAAACAAGCAUUGGACUGUAAACGUAUUUACGAGGAGGAACUAAAUAGGUUAGAUCAUGAAUCGACAAAGAACUCAAAGAUAAAAGAACAGAAGAGCAAAAAGGGAAGAUCAAAUACUGCAUCUUCUUCUCGGGCAGUUGAUUAUGAUAGUGAUGAUACGAUCGAGAUGACAGAACAAGAAAUAGACCUUGCAUAUAAGACUUUAUCCUCUAACUUGUGUCACAUGUGAAUGCUGAUUGAACUUGUUUCUUUAGGGAUGAAAAGUAGCUAGCUUGAUUUACACAGUUUUUCAUUGCUUUCUACAGAAAAGGCUCAAGUCUGUUAGACUUGUCUCUGUUUAGAAUUAACUUCUUCACACUGUUUUUGUUAGUCUUACAUCUCAAGUUUAUUUUGCUGCUUCCAUAUAUAGCACUACUUUUCUCCACAGAUUCCACUUAGGGGUCGUUUGGAAUAGCAUUUUGGACUUACACACUUGCAGAAGUGUUUGGAAGAACUUGUGAAUAUUACUUAUGAUAUAUGUUUAUAAGCUUCUCUA